UUGGAGAUGUACAUCAGGCCGAGCCUCAAGUCUUCCUGUACAGAUUAGAAAAAGCAGGUGAAGCCCCACUUUGCCCCGCCGCUCAAAGCAGGUGAAGUGCGUCCUUUCACAUGUCGCUGAAGUGUCAUCAUACUCCUGAAAAGCGUGGUUGCUUCAAAGACAAAGCCGAUUCCCCUUCGCUGGAGAAACAUUGCGUUUACGUUUACAAAAACACCGUGAGGCGGCGAGCAUUGAAGCCUUAAAAUGUUACCUGUACCUGCGGAUUAUCAGAUUGAUGUCCACCUGUGUGUAGACGGACUCCUUGCGUAAUUAGACUGGCAAAUGGGCAGCGGAGAGGGAGAAGCAGGAAGAGCAGAAGGAAAAGAGAAGACUGAAGAAAGGAAAACGGCGACAGGAACACCAGAAGGAGAGAAGCAGGAAGUGGAGGAGGAAAACAGUAGACGGAAUAAAGGUAGGCGGCGCCAAAGACAGUGGAGGGAGAGAAGCCGGAAAAGGAGGAGGGAAAGAGUAGACUGAAGAAAACUAAAGCGGCGACAAGGGCAGCGGCAGCGACGGCGGCGAAGGUGAAGUAACAAGGGUCGACGGCGGCUUUGCUCCCCCGCCGUACCGCCGCCCUGAGCCUCGCCGCGGAGAUCUUCCCGGCUCAGGAGGGACGGCGUGGCGGAGUGUGCGUGGCGAGGACAGGCGGCAGCGGCGGCGGCGGCGAUGGCAGCAGCAGCGGCGGAUGGCGGCGGCGGCGGCGGCGGCGGCGGAUGGCGGCGGCGGCGGAUGGCGGCGGCGGCGGCUGCUCUGCAUCAACCCCGCGCACGGCAGCCUCGCGUCCUUUGUGCCGCGGCUCAUGGCUCGCCUGGACACGGAAGGUUCAGGAAGGAGAGCAAGAGAGAGAGAGAGAGAGAGAGAGAGAGAGAGAGAGAGAGAGAGUCCUAGGGCUCGCGUCACCUGCGCAACACACUUCCUCGUGGCCUGAAGGAUCGAAUUGUUACCUGAUGGUGCAGCAGCAGGUGUCCGCUCCCCCACUAUACACGUACACGCAAACACACACACACACACACACACACACACACACACACAAAACCAUGAACGCAUGGAGGCACUCACGCACAUACGCACGCUUGCACGCGCACAUGUAUGUCUGUCUGAUAAAAAACAGCCGCUAACUCCCCCUGACCAGCGCGGAGGCUAAUCCGACGUCAGUGUACAUGACUAAAUAUUCUACGCCAGGCUCACGCGUCGUGCCACGGAAAUAGUUUGCACACACACACACACACACACACACACACACACACACAAACAAUCUCCCACGGCUGCCUUUCUAUGGCGUGCCGUCGGCCGUUCCCGGAGCGCCUCGUCGCCUCAUUGAGCCGGGCCGCGGCGUCGGGCACGCGGGGCCCCGGGGAUCACCUGCUCGUCCCGCCGCUCACGUCACGCAUUGAGGCCGCUGCUCCCCACACGCACCAGACGCCGUGACGUCAUUGCCUUGUUCUCGAAAAUUAAAACUCAGUCGGAGGAGUCGGGGAGGGGAAAGGUUGGCAAGUUGAUUAUGUUUCCGAGUUGGGAAUCGAGGGAGGCGAUGACGGGGGGCGGGGGCGCCGAGGAGUAGCGGGGGUGGUGUGAGUAUGGGAGAUUCGCGUGUCGUGGCGGGAACCUGCGGGAGGCGGUGAGCACCUCGCGCCCACACCGUCUACACCCCAACAAGAGAUGGAAUUCAUGUUUUACAUCGCGGUAGAUUUAUGGUCGCGAGGAGGCGAGUCGGCGAGGGGCGAGGGGCGGACCCUGGGGCGUCGGUGUGACGCGGGGCGCCGAGUGUGUGUGUACCCGACGCUCACCCGCCGGGUGGAGGAGGACGAGGAAGAGGAGGAGUAAGAGGAGGAGCAUAAGGUGGUGGAUCAGAGAGGUAGCCACCCACGGCGCCGCGGCAGCAACAGCAGCAGCAGCAGCAGCAGCAGCAGCAACAGCGACUGCGGCGGCGGCGGCGGCGGCGGCGACGGUGGCGGUGGUGGAGGCAGCAGACUGUUGUGUUCAGUGUUGACUUGGCUGUGUGAGGGUGAGCACGCGUCGCUCCAACCUCCACCGUCGCGAUAGUUCCACUCUGAGCCAACCGCGUUUAGUCGCUCGAGCAGCAGCGCCGGCCGGCCCAGCCCCCGUCACCCCCGGCCCGCCCGAGUGUCGCUGUGACUCCCCUUGAGGUCACAUGUGCCCUUGUUUAGCCGUCAGCCCGUCGGUGAUCCCGCAGCAGCCGUGACCUAUUAGGUGACGAACUCAAAUCUGGAAUUCCAGAAGACGGUGCCUCUGGACACGAAUCCGCAAAUCAUUCUGUCGUUCACUAAGGCGAAAGUCGUUAGAUCGAGUCAGUCAGUCGCGGGCUGACUCACUCUCGCUGGGUUGAUGAGUGGCUGGUAAAUGCGAGAUGAGUAAAGUGGGCAACCAGACCAAUUCUCAGGAUCCGCAAGCCGUCAACUCCAGGACCUUCGUGGGCAACCUCAAUACCUUCCAGUGCACCAAGACCGAUGUAGAGCGUAUGUUCCAGCGCUACGGUCGCAUAGCAGG